UUACCGGAAGUGUCACACUACCUCCUCGUAGCUUGACACUGGCGGCAGCAAUGGCGGCUAAAGAUCACUAGAGGAAGGAACCAGAGAGACCAUGAAACUUUACUUCUAACGGCCGCGCUGAGGAAUCUGUUUCCACUACUACCAUCCCAUAACGGAGUUAAAGGGAGAAGAAGUGCCGUAACGUGAGAUAUUAAGCCGUAUAAACGUCCAAACUGAAGGAAAGUGGACGCACUAGUUAGCUUAGUACCAACUGACUGUUAGCUUAGCCGUUAGCUUAGCCGUUAGCUUAGCUGUUAGCUUAGCCGUUAGCUUAGCUGUUAGCAUAGCCAGCUGUUGGCUACUUGGCUUCUCCAACAACAAGUUAACUAACUAAUUAACUGUAUAAAAACAUUCCUUAUUUAAACAGGGUCGAUUGGGUCUACUGUACUACGAUGGAGAGUCUAACGCUGACUGAGGUGGAGCAGAAAUACUACUCUGAUUUGUUCAUCUACUGCGACACGGACAACACCAAGAAAGUGGCUCACAACGGGAGAGUUCUUGACCUUUUCCGGGCGGCCCAGCUCCCCAGCGAAGUUAUCCUGCAGAUCACAGAGCUAUGUGGAGCCACUCGGCUGGGUCACUUCGGUCGGAGCCAGUUCUACAUCGCUCUGAAGCUCAUUGCCAUUGCCCAGUCCGGUCUGCCCCUGAGGGUGGAAAGCCUCAACUCGGUCAAAGACCUGCCGCUGCCCAGGUUCGUGGUGGGGAAGAACGAGGCGGAGGCUAGGCACGCGGCGCUAUACCAGGACACCGACAGUCAGGGGUUGUACCCGGCCUCUGCUGCCGCAGUGAUGCCCAGACCACCAGGCAGGGGGCUCCCGAACAAGAAAGGUCCCCCAUCAUCCACUUCACUUCCUGCCCACGAGGUCAUCCAGCCACUGGCACCCAGCAUAGAACCACAGCCUGAACCGACGUCCCCGGUGGUCUCCCCUCACCAGUCUCCCCCCACCUCCCCUCACUCGUGGAGGAAACACAAGCGGCAGCCCAGUGGAGGGAACGCAGACAGACAGCCGGUGGUGGUUCCAGCUGGAGCUGUGUGGACGCAUUUCAGAGAACCACAAGCAGGUCCAGUGCCCGGUGAGGGCAUGUGGCCGUCCCACUCGCCCCCGCCUCCGGGUCAGGAGAGUUGGGUCAGUUUCACGGCAGACACGCCGCCAUCCAGCGCCAUCCCAGGAAUGCAUCCCUCGUCAGUCCAGGAAAGCACAACGAUACGAACGGUGGCCUCAGCAGCAAUGACCAAUGAGAUCCAGCGACAGUCCAGCGGCUACGAUGAUCCGUGGAAGAUCACGGACGAGCAGAGACAGUAUUACAUCAACCAGUUCAAAACCAUCCAGCCAGACCUCACGGGCUUCAUACCUGGUUCAGCAGCAAAAGAGUUCUUCACCAAAUCAAAACUACCGAUUUUAGAGUUAUCACAUAUUUGGGAGCUGUCAGACUUCGAUAAAGACGGAGCGCUGACCCUGGACGAGUUCUGCGCCGCCUUCCACCUGGUUGUGGCCAGGAAGAACGGCUACGACCUCCCUGAGAAGCUGCCGGAGAGCCUGAUGCCAAAGCUGAUUGACCUGGAUGACUCAGCAGAGGCCCAGGAGCAGGCUGCUGACGUUGGAUACUCGGGCUCCCCUGUGGAGGUCACCCCCAGCAAGUCUCCCUCCUUGCCUUCACUGAACCAGAACUGGCCGGAGAUGAACCAGAGCAAUGAGCAGUGGGAGACGUUUAGCGAGCGCUCCUCCAGCUCACAAACUCUGACCCAAUUUGACUCUAACAUUGCACCAGCUGACCCUGACACAGCCAUCGUCCAUCCGGUCCCCAUACGGAUGACGCCCAGUAAAAUCCACAUGCAGGAGAUGGAGCUGAAGAGGACUGGCAGCGACCACAACCAUCCGACAAGUCCGCUGCUGGCUAAACCUCCCGAACUGUCCGAAGAAGCCAGUUUACCUACAUCCCUGAAGUUUGUAGCCGCCAACACUGUAGGUGAUGGUUACAGCAGUUCAGACUCCUUCACCUCAGACCAGGAGCCAAUCACAAGACAAAGGUCUCAGUCGGGAACGUCUCCAGAGACUCUGAAGGUGGUAGCCCCCCCUCCUCCUCCACCACGCCCCCACCCCUCUCACUCUCGCUCCUCGUCUCUCGACAUGAACCGCACCUUCGCUGCCGCAAACGCUGCAGGACAACCACAAUCCUCUACGAUAGCUUACCCGCCGGCUGUGCCUCCUCGACCGCUACCCACACAGUCAUCAGCGCCACACACUGGGCAUCGUGCGGAGGCUGAGGGUGCACCAGGUGGUGGAGCGGCGCUCACCACCACCACCUCCCCCCAACAGAUCCCCCAGCAGCCCAACUUCGCUGACUUCAGUCAGUUUCAGGCCUUCGCUGCAUCUGAACAGCCUUCCAGCCUGCCGGAGGCCGAUAUACACAGUGAGCCUGGACAGGUGGAGAAGUCUUCAGAGGGAGCUGGCCCUUUAAGAACAGUCAAGAGUGACGGCCAAGCGGAUGAGAGAGCCUCAGCUACUGUCAACUCCGCCAAAGGUUCUGGGUCUGGUCCGCUAGCGCCUCCUCCAAAGCCUGUGCGCCGAAGGUUGAAAUCUGAAGACGAGCUACGACCGGAGGACGAGCAGCACGGUCCGCAGAAAUCAAACGUCAUAGCUGCUGUCCUCGCCACUCAGCCUUCCAUCCCCAGGUCAAUAGGAAAGGACAAAAAGGCAAUUCAAGCUUCAAUCAGAAGAAACAAGGAGACGAACACAGUGUUGGCACGACUUAACAGUGAACUGCAGCAACAGUUGAAGGACCUGCUUGAAGAGAGGAUAUCCCUGGAAGUGCAGCUGGAGCAGCUCAGACCUUUCUCUCAUCUUUAACCAACGUGAGGAGGACAACUCGGCUGUGGUGAAGCCGUGGCCCUCGGUGUGACUCCCCCUCCAUCCCUCCCUCCUUCCACCAUCUCGGCUUUCCCUGGAGGCUCCAACCUGCUGCAGGGUGCUCCGUUAAAAAACGCUCAACAACACACUUAUUAAUCAUAAACCGGAAGGACCUGAGAGCACAGUCUUAACCAAGAGGAGGAGGUGACAGGAGCGUGGGGGGGAUUUUACAAACUGGCACUUUUCAAUUGUCUCUAAAGAGAAGUGAACGUGAGGACGACAGCGGACUGAGAAACGGUUUCGGAGCGGCGGACAAGACGCUCCACAACUGCGAGUGCCGUCUGAAGACAAACUGCUGGUGUCUCGUUACUCUCUGAAUGACUGAAGAAGAAAGGCGGAGUGUGUUUGUCAUGUGUGAUCGUUUUGUGUAUUUGUGUUCCUGUUUCGUGACUUGCUUGAAGCUAGCACCAAUGUGUCUCCCCUCGGGGUACGGACUCUGCCACACCAAACUCCUGUUAGAAAUCAGGCAAAUUUAAAGAAGCAGUUUAGUAUUUUUGGGAAAUAUGCUUCUUUGCUUUCUUUCUUAGCGUUAGAUGAGAAGAUCUCCAUCAAACUCAUGUGCGUUAAGUACAGAGAUGGAGUCUGUGAUUAGCUUAGCUUAGCAUAAAGACUGGAAGCAGGGGGAAACAGCUAGCCUGGCUCUGUUCAAAGUUGAAAAACCACACCUACCUGCAACUGUAAAAUUCACUUAAUAACAUGUUGUCUGUCGUUUGCUUAAUACGUACAAAAAACAGAACGGUUAAAACAACAAUUCCUGAGUUUAGAGGGAGUUAAACGCUGAAACUACUGAAAUCUAAUUCUAGGAAAGAAAGUAUAUUUCCCGAAAAAGUUGAACUAUUCCUUUAACUGUCUUCUCACUUAUUUGUGUACCUACUUUUCUACUGCCUUCAAAACUGGACUACAACUGUGGAAAACAAACAGGGCUCUAAAAGCAUUUCUGCUUUAAAUAUCAUCAAAGAACGUCUCUCUACUGAACAUUUGCCUCGCCAUUUUCACAUAACCUGUUAAAAAAUAAGUUGCAGAGAGACAUGCUACUACACACCUUAGAGGCUUUGAAAACAUGAGAAAAUCUACACCAGGAAUCUACGUGUGCCCGUAAGCAAGGAACGUAAAAUUGAUUUGUUUUUGACUGGAGUUUGGUGUGGCCGGUCUCUCCAUAAAACAUACUGUGCUGCUUCUGGACAGGACUUUGUGUGUAUGUGUUUGUGAGGUCUUUAAUGGCUAAAUCAUCAUGGUGAAGACUUUCUUUGACUCAUCCUCUGUGACAUGAAUUCAGCCCACCUCUCUCUUCUUACUGCCCCUUGAAGUCUUCAUAUGUGUGUGUGUGUGUGUGUUGAGUGAAUGUCUCUUUAUGUUACACAGUGUUUGACGUGACUGAAUGGUUUAACUUUAUGCCAAAUGACUGAACUAUCACUCUGCUCUCUCACCUCUACCUGGGCUGUGUUGUCUUGAUUUAUUUUCAAACAUAGCUGUGCGUGAACAUCUCAGCUUUCUUUUUCUUCUACUCGGUUAUUUCCCGUCUUUUACCUUCACCUGGACGGGAAACCAUUUCGUUAAAAAAACAAGACAUUUCACUUGAAGGCUUCGAAGAGCUGCUCGACUGCAGGAGGCGGCGUUUAUGAAGAAUUGCGUCGCCGAUCGGGGAGAAGUUUUUCCUGUGAUUUUCCCGAUCGGCAAACGCGCGUGCACGGAUCUAAACUGAUGGCGCAGAUAAGAGUUGAUAUUGGUUUCAAAAACUCUUUUCCAAUCGGGCAGUCGGCACUAUGCAAGUACGGGCGAUACAUCCUCACAGACCAACUAUACUUAGCCGUUUGUACUACGAUAGUAGCAACUGUGUGAGCAGUAUACUCUGGUUUUUGUAUCUUAGAUCUUCCAGAACAUCAUCUACUGUAUGUUUGUGAUUCAUUAUGCCUUUUUUUUUUGUUUCUCCCCGGCUCCAGAGGGAAGUCCAGAUCAGUGUUUUAUCAGGUCACUUUCACCCUAAAUCUGCAAGAUGUGACCCUUGCUGGGUGUAGAUGAAGCUUGACUACAGACGGAGAUCUGUCAACAGAAUGGGAGACCUGAAUGACCCAACUGCACUUUGAAUCCCCCCCCCCUUUCGUCUGCGUAUUUUUUAUUUGUUACAUCCCUCUUCUUUCUUUUAACGUUUGCAUGUCUUGUCUUUCACAUGUAUUUAAAAAAAAAAAAGAUGCUUUAAGAAGAAAAAAAAAUAAUGAACCACUCAUGUUUUAUUUCUUCAGUACAACCUUGGAAACUGU